GGUAGCCCGUUUUCCUCUCCUCCCUCUUCUCGCCUUCCUUAGGCCACAUUUUGUGUGUGUUAUCGCUGUUCUGAGUCUUUCCAAGCCCCCGAUUUCCGCCCCUUCUCCCGCCAAACCCUGUCCAGGCCAGGCGUGUCAGUGUCUUCGCGGAAGACUGUCCAUAAAGUUUUUCUUCUUCUUCUCGUUUUCGGCGCCCUUCCUUCCCUCAAGUACCGCGAGAUCUGGCGGCGCGGCUACCAUGGCGCAGGCGUUUGAAGGCCCUGAGGCGGUAGCGACGUUGGAGACAGCUAUGCCGGCGGAGCGUGCGGCCGUGCAGCUGUCGGUCCCGGCGCCAAACCCGGGGGCCGUGCGGAGCCUGCGGACCGCUCACGACGUCGGCGGCCCGCGAACCCGCACGGGGGACGUGCUGCUGGCGGAACCGGCGGACUUCGAGUCGCUGCUGCUGUCGCGGCCGGUGCUGGAGGGGCUGCGGGCGGCCGGCUUCGAGCGGCCCUCGCCGGUGCAGCUCAAGGCCAUCCCGCUGGGGCGCUGUGGGCUUGAUUUAAUUGUUCAAGCUAAGUCUGGCACUGGGAAAACCUGUGUAUUCUCUACCAUUGCUUUGGACUCUCUUGUUCUUGAAAACUUAAGUACCCAGAUUCUGAUCUUGGCUCCUACAAGAGAAAUUGCUGUACAGAUACAUUCUGUUAUCACAGCCAUUGGAAUAAAAAUGGAAAGCCUAGAAUGUCAUGUCUUUAUUGGAGGGACUCCAUUAUCACAAGACAAAACUAGACUUAAAAAGUGUCAUAUUGCUGUUGGAUCUCCUGGCAGAAUUAAACAACUGAUAGAACUUGACUACUUGAACCCAGGCAGUAUACGUCUCUUUAUUCUUGAUGAAGCAGAUAAGCUUUUAGAAGAAGGCAGCUUCCAGGAGCAAAUAAAUUGGAUUUAUUCUUCUUUGCCUGCCAGUAAACAGAUGUUGGCCGUAUCAGCUACUUACCCUGAAUUUUUGGCUAAUGCUUUGACAAAGUACAUGAGAGAGCCCACUUUUGUAAGACUAAAUUCCAGUGACCCAAGUCUCAUAGGUUUGAAGCAGUAUUACAAAGUUGUCAAUUCAUACCCUUUGGCACAUAAGAUUUUUGAGGAGAAGGUUCAGCAUUUACAGGAACUGUUCAGCAGAAUUCCAUUUAAUCAAGCCUUAGUCUUUUCUAAUUUGCACAGCAGAGCACAGCAUUUGGCUGAUGUCCUUUCUUCUAAAGGCUUUCCUGCUGAGUGCAUUUCAGGCAACAUGAAUCAGAGUCAGCGUCUUGAUGCUAUGGCUAAACUGAAGCAGUUUCACUGCAGAGUCCUCAUUUCCACAGAUUUGACUUCCCGUGGAAUUGAUGCAGAGAGGGUGAAUCUGGUUGUAAAUCUGGAUGUACCAUUGGAUUGGGAGACCUAUAUGCAUCGGAUUGGCAGAGCUGGCCGUUUUGGUACUUUGGGACUGACAGUGACCUACUGUUGUCGGGGAGAAGAAGAAAAUAUGAUGAUCAAAAUUGCCCAGAAAUGUAAUGUCAAUCUUCUUUCUUUACCAGAUCCCAUUCCUCCUAGUCUGAUGGAAGAAUGUUUGGACUGGGACGUGGAGGUUAAAGCUGCUAUGCAUUCAUAUGGCUUAGCAAGUGUACCUACCCAGCCCCAAAUUCAAAAAAUAGAGAGAACCUUUCAAAAUCAGAAAGCUCAUGGGAACCACAUGGCUUCAUCUGGAAAUACUUCUGUAUCUGCACUAUCAGUCAUAUCAAAACAUAAUACCAAACAAAAGCUCCCUGUGAAAAGUCACUCAGAGUGUGGAGUCACAGAAAAAAUACCACCAAAAGAACUGAGCUGUGCCAUACAAUUGGAAGAGCAAAUGAAGAAUCCUGUUCAGACUUCAGUUGAAAACUCUACCAACGGUCAUCACCAGGUCAAAGAAGCUUUACCUGUGUCACUCCCCAAAAUUCCUUGUCUGUCUUCCUUUAAAAUCCAUCUACCUUGCACUUUGACUUUUGCGGAAUUGGUAGAGGACUAUGAACACUAUAUUAAGGAGGGGUUAGAGAAACCUGUGGAAAUUAUCAGGCACUACAUAGGUGCUGGGGAGCAGACUGUGAACCCUCAAAACGGUUUUGUGAGAAAUAGAAUUACUGAAGAGAGUGUGCAGAUAUUGGCAAGUAGUCAGUCUGGCGACUCUGAGAGUGACAGUGAUUCUUAUAUCUCAAGGACUUCCUCCCAGAACAAAGGAAAUAAGUCAUACUUGGAGGGUUCUUCUGACAGUCAGCCGAAAGACUCGGAAUCGGCUCUUAUGGAUGGCCAUAUUUCUCCAGAACAGCCUCUGAAUGGAAAUGACACCCCUAAUCUUGAGUAUCAGGAAUCAACUGAAAUCCAAAUAAAGGCAAGGCAUGAAGAGGGCGCUAGCCAGAGAGCUAAGCAGAGCCGGAGAAACCUUCCCAGGCGAGCUUCCUAUCAAUUGCAGUCAGAACCCCAGGAGGAUGGUUGGUAUGACUGCCAUAGGGAAACACACCCAAGUUUUUCUGAUACCUAUCAGAAUUAUGAGGAGUACUGGAGAGCUUACUACAGGGCAUGGCAGGAAAACUAUGCUGCUGCCUCUCAGUCGUAUUAUUGGAAUGCUCAGAGGCAUCCAAGUUGGAUGGCGGCCUAUCACAUGAAUACCAUUUAUCUACAAGAAAUGAUGCGUGGCAACCAGUGAUUGUAGGCUGUUUCACAGACCAUCCGGAAAUACCAGCAAGUGAUGCCUUUGUAUAAAAUAUCCUCGUUGACUUCUAGUGGAAUGACAUAGAGUGGCAUUUUUGAGGACCUUGAAUGUUCUUGAGGCUUUCCACUGGGACACAUUUAUUUUUCAGAUUGUUUUAACAAACUGACUUAGGUCAGGUGCAGUAUCUUUUUUUAAGAGACUACAUGAAUCAGAUUCUUGAAAGAAAAUAUUGGAGAUACAGAGCUAAAGGUCCCAGAAUGCCAUUUUUGUAAGCCAUUCCCAAAAAAAAGGCUAUGCCACUGCUUGCUUAAAAAAAAUAAAACAGCUGACAUUUGAAAAA